AUGUACUUAAUUUUUGAGGUGUGCAAUGUUGGUUAUUCAGGAAAUAUUCUUGAGGCAGGCUCAGUAAUUGUCAAACUAGAAUCAGGUAACGUGCUAAUUACAUCUUGCUAUAGACCUCAAAGGGUUAACGAAUCUAAUAAUAAUUUGAAUCAAGAUGAGUGGAUUGACUUCUUGGAUUCAAACUUAAACUUUGAUGCAAAAUAUUUUCUAAUUGCUGGAGAUUUGAAUGCUCAUCAUCCCCUUUGGGGCAGCAAUACUGAUUAUCCUAAUGGAAAUAUUAUUGUUGAUAAUCUAGAUUUUGAUAAGGUUGUGAUAUUAAAUGACAAAAGUCUCACUCAUUUUACCUUGAAUUAUUCUGGCUAUUCAGAGUCUUGUAUUGAUUUAACUUUUUGCUCCCCAGAAUUAUUCGCUAAGUACAAUUGGCAAGUUCUUGAUGAUAGUUGGAAUAGUGAUCAUUAUCCAAUUUCGAUUGAAUUUAACAUGAAACCUCUUUACAUACACAGGGUUAAUUAUAGAUAUAAUUUGAAAAAACUGAACUGGGAUAUCUUUUUAAAUAAGCUCACAUAUAAUCAAUCGUAUUUUAAUAGUAUUGCAUUUAGCAACCAAGAUGUAAUCUCUAGAUACACAGUUUUUAUUGAAUUUUUGAACGAGGCAAUUCUUGAUUCCCUUCCACAAAAACAGAAACGUCAUAACGACUCAAAAGUGUCUCUUAAUGUUAACAAUGGUAAAAAUAAAUCCAAAUGUAUUUGGUGGAAUGAUUCUUGCAAUAAGGUAGUUAGAUGUAGAAAAGCAGCUCUUAAAUCUAUCAAAUGUAGUUUUACUAUGCAAAGGUUUAUUGAAGUUAAAAGGUUAGAUGCUUUUAGUACUAAAACUUUAAGAGAUGAAAAGCAAAAAUCAUUCAUUUCAUUUUGUGAAAGUGUUAAUCCUAAAACAAAAUUCCAAGACUUCUGUAGAACAACGACAAUUUAUAAUAAUAGUUUUAAAGAGCCUUGUGAUAUUUCUGGUAAUUCGAAAACUGAACAACAUAUGUGUAGUUCUAUCCAGGAAUUAAGUUCGCCAAAGAAAAUUAGUACUAAUGCUUUAAAUAAUCUAGAAAAUCUUAAUGAUUCAGAUAAUAAAUGUGAAGAAUUUGACCUUUUAAACAGCCCGUUCUCAUUUGAUGAACUACAAUGUGUUCUGAACAAUGUCAAGGCUAAAUCUGGCCCAGGCUUAGACAAAAUUAGCUAUGAGAUCAUUAUUAAUCUUCCAGAAUUUUAUCAAAGAGUCUUAUUGGAUAUAUAUAAUGAUAUUUAUGAGUGUCAACAUUUUCCACAAGACUGGAGUGACUAUUUAGUUAUUUUUAUUCCUAAAGGAAACUCUUGCAAAGUUAGACCCAUAUCGUUGGCCUCGAAUAUUUUGAAAAUUAUGCCCUUUUCUUAG